GGCAGGAGGGAGUAUUGAAAAGACUCUUGGUGGUCGUGGGCAUGGUGCUGUGGACAAAUGGGUGUUUGGGAUACUUUCUGGCUCCUGCGUCUCUGCUCUCGCCCCUGGACAAGCUCCAAGGGAAGACUGGCAAUGAAGAGAAGCUAUGAAGGGAACAUCUGCAUAGAAGGCAGACACAGGAAUCGAGCAAUCAUGUCGAAGCACCAUGAUGCAGGGACCGCUUUCAUCCAGACCCAGCAGCUGCAUGCUGCCAUGGCAGACACCUUCCUGGAGCACAUGUGCCGCCUGGACAUCGACUCAGAGCCAACCAUUGCCAGAAACACCGGCAUCAUCUGCACCAUUGGCCCGGCCUCCCGCUCUGUAGAGAAGCUGAAGGAAAUGAUUAAAUCUGGAAUGAACGUUGCCCGCCUCAACUUCUCUCACGGCACCCAUGAGUAUCAUGAGGGCACAAUCAAGAAUGUGCGAGAAGCCACAGAGAGCUUUGCCUCUGAUCCCAUCACCUACAGACCUGUGGCUAUUGCACUGGACACCAAGGGACCUGAAAUCCGAACUGGACUCAUUAAGGGAAGUGGCACAGCAGAAGUGGAGCUGAAGAAGGGCGCACAGCUCAAAGUGACCCUGGACGAUUCCUUCAUGGAGAACUGUGAUGAGAACACACUCUGGCUCGACUACAAGAAUCUCACCAAAGUUGUGGAAGUUGGCAGCAAAAUCUACGUGGAUGAUGGUCUGAUUUCUUUGGUGGUUAGGGAGAAAGGGAAGGACUAUGUCAUGACAGAGAUUGAGAACGGCGGCAUGCUUGGCAGCAAGAAGGGCGUGAACCUGCCUGGUGCUGCUGUUGACCUGCCUGCUGUCUCUGAAAAGGACAUUCAGGACCUAAAAUUUGGUGUGGAGCAGAACGUAGAUAUGGUGUUUGCUUCCUUCAUCCGCAAGGCUGCUGAUGUCCAUGCUGUCAGGAAGGUGCUGGGGGAAAAGGGAAAGAACAUCAAGAUCAUCAGCAAAAUUGAGAACCACGAGGGUGUGCGCAGGUUUGAUGAGAUCAUGGAGGCCAGUGAUGGCAUUAUGGUGGCCCGCGGUGACCUGGGUAUCGAGAUCCCAGCUGAAAAAGUCUUCCUCGCCCAGAAGAUGAUGAUUGGGCGCUGCAACAGGGCUGGCAAACCCAUCAUCUGUGCCACUCAGAUGCUGGAAAGCAUGAUCAAGAAGCCUCGCCCGACCCGUGCUGAGGGCAGCGACGUCGCUAACGCCGUCCUGGACGGAGCAGACUGCAUCAUGCUGUCUGGGGAAACAGCCAAGGGAGACUAUCCCCUCGAGGCUGUGCGCAUGCAGCACGCUAUUGCCCGGGAGGCCGAAGCCGCCAUCUUUCACAGGCAGUUGUUUGAGGAACUGCGUCGUCUGACCCCCCUCAACUGCGACCCCACCGAGGCCGCUGCAGUUGGCGCUGUGGAAGCGUCCUUCAAGUGCUGCAGCGGGGCCAUUAUUGUGCUCACCAAGUCUGGAAGGUCGGCGCACCUGGUGUCGCGGUACCGCCCGCGGGCCCCCAUCAUCGCCAUCACCCGCAAUGAGCAGACGGCGCGCCAGGCCCACCUGUACCGCGGCAUCUUCCCCGUGCUCUGCAAAGACCCUGCCCAGGACGCCUGGGCCGAGGACGUGGACCUGCGUGUCACCCUGGGCAUGAAUGUUGGCAAAGCUCGAGGGUUCUUCAAGAGCGGCGACCUGGUGAUCGUGCUCACGGGCUGGCGCCCUGGCUCUGGCUACACCAACACCAUGCGCGUGGUGCCCGUACCCUGAGCGCCCACCGGGCCUUCUUCUCCUGCCCCCCUGCCCUCCCACCACCCCACUGCCCUGUCUCCCAUUGCAGUAGACCAGCCAUCGCUUGCGCUGUUGUCCUUGUCCCUAGAGUGGAUGUAGGUUGCUAAACACCACCCAGUGCAGCAGCAGCAGGGGCAAGAGACCUUAAAUCACUAAAAAAAAAUAUACUUGAAGUGUUUAGUUUUUUAAAAAUCUCUCCCUGUAGUUAAAGUCCUGCCUUGAUGUGUGUUGGAGUCAGCGUAGGAGGUUUCUGCGUGCUGUUGGGACUCCUCUUUCCUGGUGACUGUCCUCAGAGUGUGAAAUGUCCCUUUCCCUGGCCCUGGUGUGGGGUUUUGGGGAAGGCGAGAGGCGAUGUGGUCAACAGUUCUGCUGGACCCCUCCUUGCUCGAGGCAAGCUGCUACUCCCCCUUCCUGUAAUGGCUACACUCCUCUCCAGGCCCAGUCCAAGGCAGAUCCAGCCUUUCUCAGCUGGCUCUUUUUGGAAUGGGGGCAGGGGAAGAGUGUCAGCUCCAUGCACAGAGCUUCCCGUGCUCCCCUUGCAGCGUUGUCUCCUGUGUUAGUCAUGUCCCCCCACCACUCCAGAGUCCCCCCCUCACCCAGCACUCUGAUGGGCCCUGGGGUGGGAGAGCACAACUGUCCAUCAAUAAAGAGAAGCUGAAGCA